AUGGCUGCCGGAAUCCGCUUUGUGGCGGAGCUCCCUGUAGUCAUCCGCCGGCAGCCCUCCUUGAGCAGCGACCAGGUGUGUCUCCUCCAGAAGGGAGACGAGAUCACAGCCACCGACGUCUUCCAGCAGGGAGGCGUCGAGUGGGUGAAGCUGGCGAGGGGCGCCUGUGCCUUGCGAAGCAACGGCGCAGAGGUGCCGCUGGAUUUGCGAGAGGAGGGUUUCAUUGCUACGGUGGUGCCGCCCUCCAACACGCAGCUCAGGAGGGCGGAGGAAAGUACCGCCAUGCCGGAGCAAAUGCUGUCAAAGAAGGAGAUCAGCGAGGUCCUCGCGCUGAGCUCAGAUCCAAGUCUGCAGCUUCCGCUGGAGGCCAAGUACUGGACACGACAGCAGCUGGAGAUGUUCGUGAUGAGCGGGGGCGUGCUGCGGCCGAAGAACUGCUCCAUGCCGGACGAGCGGCUCCUGGCCAACGCCUCGAUGAGCAAGGAGGAGAUUGUGCACUCCCUGGCCCAGGCCGCCGAGUGGAUUGCUAGCGCCGACGCGCUGCUCAUUGGCAGCGGGGCUGGCAUGGGCGUGGACGCCGGCCUGGGCACCUUCCGGGGCGGCAAGAAAGGUGUUUGGGACGGGCUGGAGGCGGUGGGUUUGGCCUAUGAGGAGAUCUGCGAGCCCCGGUGGUUCGACGAGGCGAAGGGCGAUCCACGCCUGGCGUGGGGCUUCUGGAACCAUUGCUACAAGGCCUACCAGGAGACAAAGCCGCAUCAGGGCUACGCGGCGCUUCGGCAACUGGGCCAAAGGUGUCCCUUCGGCUUCUUUUCCUUCACGUCGAACAUCGACAGCCACUGGAUCGCGUCCGGCAUGUCCGCGGAGCGAGUGCUGGAGGUGCACGGGGCGGUGAAGUGGCUGCAGUGCUCAAAGCCCUGCUGCCCGGACGUGUGGAAGGCGCCGCCGGACCUGGGCUUGGCGGAGGACUCCACGCACCGGGUCACCGGGGCGCUGCCCACUUGCCCAAAGUGCAAGGCGGUUGCACGCCCCAACGUGCAGAUGUUUGGAGGUGACUCGGGCUUCUCCCGGGCCCGGCGUGGGGCGCAGAACACCCGGUAUGAUGCCUGGAUCAACAGCUUGGCCUCCCGACCAGAUGCCAGCAGCCUGCGUGUGGUGUGUCUGGAGGUAGGCUGCGGCUUGACGGUGCCAACCGUGCGACGCGAGCUGGAGAAGAUCCUGCAGAAGUUUCCUGGCGGCCGCCUGAUCAGGGUGAACCCCGAGAACCCGGGCCUUGCCAAGGAGUUGGUCUCUCGGGGCGUGAGUGUGCCGUUGCCUGGGGGCGCCGCCAUUGAGAAGCUGAACCAACAGGUGGCGCAAACCGAGGAGACCAUGCAGGCGACCUACAUCCUGUGGGGCACUGACAGCGGGUGCGAGAUCAAAGCGCCCUUCGGGACCACCCUGGGGCGCCUGCUUCGGUUGGCGCAGUGCCAGGGUGGGAUGACCGUGGACUUCAAGCAGGGCGUGGUGGCGGAGGUGCGGCAGGCCAUGGGCGCCAAGACGGAGGUCCUCACCACCGAGCGGUCAGUGUCCAUCGACAUGUACCAGGAGAUCAAGCUCGGCGAGGGCAGCGAGACCCAGGUGACGGCCAUCAUGAAGGUGGCUGCCACCUUCUCGGGCGGAACCAGCUAUGGCGGCUUCAACCUGAACGCGCCCCUUCUGAAACGAGUCCAGCAGGUUAGCGCGUUGCUGGACGACGUGAACGAGCGCUUCAGCAAGCCGGAGCGCGCGAAGCCGCGAGGAAUGGCAUGGUCCUACCGCGCGGAGCAAUGGGUGCUGCCCUGGCCUCCGCCAUUUGUGCAGGACGGCGACACGCUGUCCUCCAUCUCUGGCUUCUCCAGCGUGGCGGUGGCACAAUUCCGGACGCUGGAGACCGCACCCGAUGUGUCCUUUCAGGCUCCAAAGGAAGAGGAAAGGGCGGUUAUAUACGCCAGCCAGGCGAAGGCUGAGCCAAGCGCGAGGGUCUCAAGCAGCUCGAUCUCCCAGCGCAUCUCCCUGGCGAGGCGCUACUUCGAGCUGCGCCUCGCGAGCGUGCCCUUCAUGCGAUGGCGCGCCAAGGCCUUGUCGCAGCGCCCAAAGCGGCACUGCGAGCGGCGGCAGAGGCUGUCCCUGGCUUUGCGCCUCUGGCGGCUGAGGGGCCGGCGCCGGCGGCUGGGGCGCCGGCUCUGGCUGCCGCAACUCCUGGCCGCCGUUGCCGGCUCGGCGUUGCGCGCGGGGUUCCGGCAGCUGCAGCAGCCUUUGCUGCAUUUGCGCCUAGACCUGGUGAGGGCGAGGCUGCUUCAGAUCAUCCAUGGGCGUACCCAGCUGUCCCUCGCGGUGUCCUGGUGGAAGCAGGUCCAGCUCCGCUCGGCAUUUGCCGGCUGGGGAUUCGCCUGCAGGCGCCUUCGGAGUGCGCCGGAGGUUUCAAUUCCUUCGCUUUCGGAUGCGGACGCCUCGCCCUUUAUGCUGGAGGAUGAGGCGUUGGCGCGCCCCCGCCUGCCGCCGCCGCCAGAGCUCGCGCCACCGGCCAGGCGCAGGCCUGAGUCGAGCCUGGCGAAGCAGGCGAAAAGCGAGAAGCCGCCGCUAAACGUCUUCUUGCGCGUUCAGCAGGAGGGCUUCAGCAGAUGGUGGCGCGCCACCUCCAUGGAUCUGAGCGGGGAGGAGCUGCUGGCCCGGCAGCGGCGCGGCGCCCUGCUGGUCCUACUGCAGUCGCGCCUGCGGAACAGCAUGGCAAUGCAGCACUACGUGGCUUCGCUGCUGCACAAGGCCCUGGAGGCGUUCUGCAGCCAAGACGUGGAGGUGUCUGUCCGCCGGCACAGAGCCCGCGGGAGGCAAGUGGAGAGGCCAGGGCUGCGGGGCAUGUCCGCCGGGGAGGUGAUGCGGAAGGGCUGGCAGCGGUGGCGCUAUGCCGUGGCUGCAGGGCACCAGGUCCUGGCGCCCAACCCGGGCCGCCCGCCCAACGUCACACUGGCGCUGUGCCGGAUCGCCGGGGAGAUCCAGGCUUGCCGCAAGGCCGGCGUGACGGAAGGCGCCCGCCGGAAGCGACGGAUGGCGUUGCCGGCGCCGCCCCCCGAGUCGAGCCGGCCACCCGAGGCGGAGACAACGGAGCCCCCACACCUGGCGCUGCUGCAAAAGGCUUUGGCCGGGUUCGCCUGCAUGGCGCAUGCAGGUUCCAUGGAUGCCCCAGCUCUGCUGUGGCGCGAGGGCGCGGCACUGCCGCCGGCGCCUGAGGUGCUGAGCCUCAGUGCGAGUUGUGGAGGGAGUGCGGAGGACCCAGGCCUGAGGGACUCAUCCUCGCGAUCGCCGCGGUCGCCACGGUCGCCUCGGUCGACCUAUGCGCUGCGGGCGGCGACGGCCUCGGUUCAGCGCGCGGAUGCCUGGAGCCAGUUGCUGCAGGAGGCCGCCUCGCGCCCGCCGCCCUCGCUCCCGGCGCCGCUUCCGCCAGCGCCGGUGUCGCCGUGGGAGGACUACGAGGCGAGGCUGACGUGCGCUGCGCCGCAGAGCCCGGCGCCGGGCCGGCUGAAGCUGUACCAAAAGGCUGUGGAGAGCUGCGAGGAUCGGCGGAGUUUGCUCAAAGAGACGCGGCACAUCCAGUUCGAGGUCUUGCCCAAGUUCGGCAUCGAAGCAUCCGAGAAGGGCACCUCCAUCAUGGCCGCGUGGAUCGGAGCUGCCCAGGGCGGAAUCAAGGAGGUCGAGGCGAAGGUGGCCGCGUCCAUGCACCUCUCGCGGGUGGCGUACAUCGCCAAGCUGCCCUUGGUGAAAAACAAGGCGACGCCGGAGCCGGAGGCUCCGGUGCCUUCGCCGGUGGCGCUGGCGCCCACGGUGGCGCCCUGGCCUCACGCCAAGGUGGCCCAGGCGGCCCGCGAGACCACGGUGACCACGCCUCCAGUGUCGCAGAAGCCUUCUCCACAGGCGCCUUCAGUCAAGCCGGAGGUGAUGGCUGAGCCUGAGAAGCCCAAGAAGCCAAAGGAGAAGCCCAAGGCCGCCCCGAAGCCCAAAGAGGAGAAGCCGGCUGUUGCGCUCAAAGUCACGGUCACCAGGUUCAGCACUUGGGAGGACGACGAGCCGCAAAGGCUGCGGCUGGACCUGAUGUCCAACACCAAGGUGGCGGAGCUCCGGGCACGCAUCGCCGAGGUGUGCGCGUUGGACGAGACCGAGACGCGGAAGAUGAAGCUGAUCAAGAGGAAGAAGGCGGGCUUCAUGACGGCUCAGGAGAGCGAGAACGUCUCCAGCGAGGUGUUUGUGCACCAUGUCGACAAGUGGAUCAGCGCAUGA